AUGUCGUAUCGCUUUGGUAGUGCCCUUAGGGAACUAAGGAUUCAUUUAUGCCAAUCAAGCAAACAUUCGGAAGGUGUGAGGAACUUUAUUCAAAAGUACUAUGUUAACAUUAAAAAGGAUAAUCCUGGAUUUCCGAUAUUGAUUCGUGAAUGCAGCGGUGUACAGCCACGUAUCUGGGCUCGAUAUGAGAAAGGAGUUGAACGCAGUAUGUCUCUCACUGAUCAGAAUGCUGACAAUGUCCUCUCAGCCGUCAAACAGCUAGCAAAGUAA